ACUACACUUUGUUUUUAACAGGCCCAUUUAUUUAAUGAAAUAAAAAAAAAAAACUAUUUUGUUUUAAUAUUCUAAAACCUGAAACAAUAAAUCCCAAAACCUCUAAGCCGCGCUUUCCCCUUUUCUCAGAAACAAGUCGGAGUCACAACUCAUCUCGCCGGAAAAACGCCGCCGGAGUUUGUUAUCCACCGCUAGAAACACCGUGAACAAAGUGUAUCAUAAUGGAAAACUCUGAACCACAAUCAAAGAAAAAAUCAAAAAGCAAAAGCAAAAGCAAAAGCAAAAGCAAAAGCAAAAGAAAAAUGGAUACUGAACUAGUUUUUGAACCGGUUGUUCAUGAACCGGUUAAGGCUAAGGUUGAAGUUGUCCCCACGGAUCCAAACAAAAUGGCUCCUUUUGUUGGUUAUUUUCCGUCUGGAUUUGAUCCGGAAAAGCAGCCGGGUUCGACAAGUAUUCAAGCUUAUACAAAUAAGAUUAUGUCUAAGAGGACUGAGCUUGUUGUAAGUCCUGCUGGUUGUUCGGUUGAAUUUGUCGGAUCGAGUUAUGAGGGUGAGGUCACGGCUGCAAAAGGGGCGUCGUUGUAUGCCCUUGGUGUUUUUGAUAAGGAAACUCAGACACUUAAGGUUAUGCACAUUAGUGCUAAUAAGAUAUUUAGAUUGGAACCGAAAGUUAGAGGUUUGGAAUAUAAGGAGCCGCCUCCGUCUCCGAUUGAGGAAGAGUUGAGUACGGAAGACUGGAGAGAGAAACACCAUAAGCUUGAUGCUGCUCUCGCAACAAAGAAGCAAAUUGAGAAGAGACAAAAGUUCGCUGAAAUCAGACAAGAUGAAGAACAACCUGAAGCUCAAAAGAAUCUGGAUGAGAAAAUGAAAAAUGUUGAAGUAAAAGAAAUUGCUAUUGCAAGUACAGAAGCUCAUGUUACUCGCCAGAUACCACCAUAUAAUGCUUCUGCAACUACACCUCAGGAGGCUUAUGUAUUGGACCAAAUCAUCCUUACAGGAGAAUGGAAUUACCUUCAAGACAUUUACUAUGGUUUGCAGAAGGGAGCAGACUUCAGUGGUUACCCAACUUUUAUUUGCAACAGGAUAGACAGAUUAAAUAAGAUAGAGGACGAGAAUGAAAAGCUGAAGCUUUCUUGCAUACUCUCAUUCAUCAAUCAUCUUCUCAAGUUCAAAGAUCAGCACUCCAUGGAUGGUGUUUCCUCUUCAAAGAAUCAUAAAAUUCCUCACAUUCUAAAGAAUAGAUUUAAUGAAAUGUUUGCUGCUAACACUGAAUCAAGAAGGCUGCCACCUGGAAAGAUUAAUCUUCUCAAUUCAUAUAUUGCAGUGCUCACACUUUUCUCUGACGAAUUCCAGACUGACUACACCGAUAUAUCAAAGGAUCUGAGGAUGCAUAUAACGGAGGUGAGAAAAAUCUAUGCGCAUUUGGGUUGCAAAUUUAUAAGAAUGAAUAGAUUUUUCUGUGCCACUCUUUUUGUCCCUCUUAAAUUUCCUGAGUUAAGGUCUAAGAAGAGGCCGAGAAAGAAUUGAUCACUUUUGAGACUGUUUUUGUUACUACUGUUAGUCACUUUGAUGCAGUGAUGUCAAAUUUUGCUAUCCAACCCUAGGAGGUAUUGGAUACUUUAGCUUCUUUAUUUGAUCUGAGAACAGUUGAACUAUGUGCUGCUUUGUGUUUUGAUCAUCUUUAAAGUUAUCAAUACACUAAUUAUAGUUUGUUUUAUAAA